CAAUCAUCUGGGGGGCUAAAUGUGACAAACCAAGAAGAUGGCCAAGAUCAACACCCAAUACUCCCACUCCUCCAGGACCCACCUCAGGGUAAAGCCCUCAGACCGAGAUCUCGAUCGUGCUGAAAAUGGCCUCAGUAGAGCCCACUCGCCAGGCGAGGAGACAUCGUCAGCGCUGCAGCCGGGGAUCGCCGUGGAGACCAGAGGACUGGCUGAGUCCGGGCAGGGCUCCUUCACCGGCCAGGAGCUUGCCAGGCUCUCGCGCCUCAUCUUCCGGCUGCGCAGGUGGGCUGUCAGGCACGUGCACCACCAGGACCAGGGACCGCACCCUUUUCCUGAUCGUUCCCGUGGAGCUGAGCUUAAGGAGGUGUCCAGCCAAGAAAGCAAUACCCAGGCAAACGUGGGCAGCCAGGAGCCAGCAGACAGAGGGAGAAGGAAGAAGACGAAGAAGAAGGAUGCGAUCGUGGUGGACCCCUCCAGCAACCUGUACUACCGCUGGCUGACCGCCAUCGCCCUGCCUGUCUUCUAUAACUGGUGUCUGCUUAUUUGCAGGGCCUGCUUCGAUGAGCUGCAGUCCGAGUACUUGAUGCUGUGGCUGCUCCUGGACUACUCGGCAGAUGUCCUGUAUGCCUUGGAUGCGCUCGUGCGAGCUCGGACAGGUUUUCUUGAGCAAGGCUUAAUGGUCAGUGAUACCAACAGGCUGUGGCAGCAUUACAAGACGACCAAGCAAUUCAAGCUGGAUGUGUUAUCCCUGGUCCCCACCGACCUGGCUUACUUAAAGGUGGGCAUGAACUACCCAGAACUGAGGUUCAACCGCCUACUGAAGUUUUCCCGGCUCUUUGAAUUCUUUGACCGCACAGAGACGAGGACCAACUACCCCAAUAUAUUCAGGAUUGGGAACUUGGUCUUGUACAUUCUCGUCAUCAUCCACUGGAAUGCCUGCAUCUACUUUGCUAUUUCCAAGUUCAUUGGUUUUGGGACAGACUCCUGGGUCUACCCAAACAUCUCAAUCCCAGAGCAUGGGCGCCUCUCCAGGAAGUACAUUUACAGCCUCUACUGGUCCACCUUGACCCUUACCACCAUCGGUGAGACCCCACCCCCUGUGAAAGACGAGGAGUAUCUCUUUGUGGUCAUAGACUUCUUGGUGGGUGUUCUGAUUUUUGCCACCAUUGUGGGCAAUGUGGGCUCCAUGAUCUCGAAUAUGAACGCCUCGCGGGCAGAGUUCCAGGCCAAGAUCGACUCCAUCAAGCAGUACAUGCAGUUCCGCAAGGUGACCAAGGACUUGGAGACGCGGGUUAUCCGGUGGUUUGACUACCUGUGGGCCAACAAGAAGACGGUGGAUGAGAAGGAGGUGCUCAAGAGCCUCCCAGACAAGCUGAAGGCCGAGAUCGCCAUCAAUGUGCACCUGGACACGCUGAAGAAGGUUCGCAUCUUCCAGGACUGUGAAGCAGGGCUGCUGGUGGAGCUGGUGCUAAAGCUGCGGCCCACUGUGUUCAGCCCUGGGGAUUAUAUCUGCAAGAAAGGAGACAUUGGGAAAGAGAUGUACAUCAUCAAUGAGGGCAAGCUGGCCGUGGUGGCCGAUGAUGGGGUCACCCAGUUCGUGGUCCUCAGCGAUGGCAGCUACUUCGGGGAGAUCAGCAUCCUGAACAUCAAGGGGAGCAAAUCGGGGAACCGCAGGACGGCCAACAUCCGCAGCAUCGGCUACUCAGACCUGUUUUGCCUCUCCAAGGACGAUCUCAUGGAGGCCCUCACCGAGUACCCCGAAGCCAAGAAGGCUCUGGAGGAGAAAGGACGGCAGAUCCUGAUGAAGGACAACCUGAUUGAUGAGGAGCUGGCCAGGGCGGGGGCGGACCCCAAGGACCUUGAGGAGAAGGUGGAGCAGCUGGGGUCCUCCCUGGACAACCUGCAGACCAGGUUUGCACGCCUCCUGGCUGAGUACAACGCCACCCAGAUGAAGAUGAAGCAGCGUCUCAGCCAACUGGAGAGCCAGGUGAAGGGUGGUGGGGACAACCCCCUGGCUGAUGGGGAAGUUCCCGGGGAUGCUACAAAAACAGAGGACAAACAAGAGUGAAAAUGCAGCCUCUGUCUCCUGCUUCACGGGGUCAACUGUCAGGGUGACGCUAUGUGGCCGCAGCUGUGUGGCAUGGAACUUGGUCAGGGUUUAAUUCCAGCUCUAUUCACCCUUUAAAAGCUGUGUGACUGCCCGAGAGAGCCUGUUUCUUCACCUAGAAAACAGGACAUUUGUCUCAGUCCCAGUGAAGUGCCAGGUUUGACUGUGAGGUCCGCAUGAAACACUGCACCAGGCAGGGCUUUGCAAAGUGCAAAGUAUCCCCGGUCCCAGUAUAUGGAAGUGUGCACACAGGACUCUCACUACAUUUUUAUGGAAUCUGCAAGGCGUUUUUAGGCUUUUUAAUCUAAUUUUCUUAUAAAUGAAAGAUUAUUUAGUCACCUUUCUCCUCCCCAACUUCACUCCACCACCACCUGAUAAUGGGUAUAUAACAGAAAGCUGAAGGUACAACGUAGUGACUCAAAUUCAGACUUACACAAGACAGUUUGAGGCAUAUUUCUGACUCUGGUAUCACCUCAUGUGCUCUUGGGGGCCCUGGAAACCCUGGCCUUUGGGAGUGCUAUGGCAAGUAGAAGUUCUGUAGGAUGGAAAGAGGCUGCCCCAUUUGAGGUCACUUCCAAUCUGUGAAGCAAAUCCAGACUCCUUGCCAUCCAGCCACGGUGAAACCAGCGUCUGUUUUACAGAAAAGAGCAUCUCAGGAGAAGAGACAUCCCCUCCUUCUCACUUGCCAAAGAGAUUCAAAGACAGCGCCUAUCCUCCAUUCUUGAGUCAAGGCCCUGGGUGACCUAUUCUAACUCAAGGAGGAGAGCAACGUACAGGGAGAGCCUUUUAGAUUGAAGGCUGGAGUAGUGUCCUAAACCAAAACCGACAACUAAGAGUUUUAGAAGAUGAGACCAUUAGGCAUGUAUCUUUGCAAACUGCCCCUUCACCCACGAAGAGGAAGCCUCAAGAUCCCUUGGAAUUGCAUCCCGGGGCAAAGCUUUUGGCUCACCAAAAGCUCGCAGAUUGCAGAAAUUAGCUUUUUUUAAAAAAACAAACCCCAGUAAAUAUAAUUAUCAUUAACAUUUUAUAACAGAUUUAUAUUUUUGAGUUCUGUGAUUGCAAAUUAUGACCUCAAUAUUCCAUCCUUAUGUAAUAUGUUGCAAAUUACCCAAAGAUGAGUCUUCUUUCUUUCCUUUUUUUUUCUUCUUACUUCUUUCUUCCUCUUUCUCUCUCCUCUUUUCCUCCUCAAAAUGUAUAUAUUUUAAAAGCCUUAACUAUUAGUUAUGCCUGCAUUCAUAUUUGCACAGGCAAAAUAAAGACCUGGAUUUAAAAAUAGGAAUGACUCUUGCUUCAGCUCUUGCCAUAAGGGAAGUUUCAGUCGCAGAGUAUGUUUCUAGGGCAAUGGCUUCCGUAGAAAGAAUAGGUGCUGAUGUGGGAGAGGGCACACAUUCCAAGAAAGUGACAAUGCCAAGUGCUAUUAAGGACACAAAUCAACAAGAACUCUCAUUCAUUGCUGGUGGGCAUGGAGUAUGGUGUAGCCGCUUCGGAAGACAAUUUGGUAGUUUUUAUAGAGUUAGGCAUACGCUUUAGCGUAUGAACCAGCAAUCACACUCCUAGGUAUUUACCUAAAAGAAUUUGAAACUCAUAUGCACAUAAAAACAUGUCUAUAAAUGUUGGUAGCAGCUUUAAUCAUUAUUAACAGAAAUCUGGAAGUAGUAAUAAUAUCAUUCAAUAGGUGAAUCGAUAGAUAAACAGCCAGGUGAGGUGGUGUAUGCCUAUAAUCCCAGCUACUAA